CAGGCUGUGCGACAUGGGAACGGUGUAGAUCCCGGAGGGGGGAUUUGAGGGGCUCAAGCUAAGUCUUUUAUUUAUUUAUUUUUUGCAAAGGUCUGAGACUUUCCAGGCUUCCCCUCGUUGCCUCCAUCUUGCUCUGCGUUAAGUUUUGAGGGUAGUAGCUUUACUUCUUGUAUCUCUCGGUUGAGUCCAAAAUCUUCCGCACUUUAGUUUCUCGCUGGAAUACCAUGCCGAGACCCCAGAAGAGGCUGGCUGCGGCUGCUGGCCCAGACAAGAAGAAGCUAUCAGGAAAACGUACCAAAACUGAGGAUGCAGCGCAGGCAUCCGCUAACAUAGAGGACUCCGGCCCUCAGAAGACUUCAGCCUCUAAAAACUGUGUGAAGAGCCUAAGCAGCUACUGGCUAAUGAAGUCUGAGCCAGAGAGCCGAUUAGAGAAAGGAGUAGACGUGAAGUUUGGCAUUGAGGAUCUCAAAGCACAGCCUAAGCAGACGACAUGCUGGGAUGGUGUUCGCAACUACCAGGCUCGGAACUUCCUUAGAGCCAUGAAGCUGGAGGAAGCAGCUUUCUUCUACCACAGCAACUGCAAAGAGCCCGGCAUCGCAGGACUCAUGAAGAUUGUGAAGGAAGCCUACCCAGACCACACACAGUUUGAUAAAAACAGCCCCUAUUAUGAUCCCUCCAGCAAAGAGGACAGCCCUAAAUGGUCCAUGGUGGAUGUCCAAUUUGUUCGGAUGAUGAAGCGUUUCAUCCCCCUAGCUGAGCUCAAAACCUAUCAUCAAGCUCACAAAGCCACUGGUGGCCCCUUAAAAAAUAUGGCUCUUUUCACUCGCCAGAGACUCUCCGUUCAGCCCCUGACCCAAGAAGAGUUUGAUUUUAUUUUGAGUCUGGAAGAAAAGGAAUCACGCUAACUGAGACAAUACUGCCAGGAUGGGCAGGGCGUUACUCCAGAGGACUCAAGGUUUUUUAAGACAAAAGAUGGUUUAAGAAGGCUUACUUGUUACGUUCACCUGGACUUGUGUACGUAGGUGGUUUUGUGUACUUUUUUCAAUAAAACAUUGAUAUCAGAGUUGAAA